CUCUGCCAAAGGAAAGGAGCAUCACCACCUCACCUCUGUCGUUCUGCUGUCAUUUUCCCUCACACAUCUGUCGUACUCCGGAGCGCUUGAUUUUCCAGCGAGUUAGGUACGUCAUUUCGUGCGAGAGCGAAAAAUAUCCUCGGAGUGUCAAGCACACGCGGCGGACACGCUCUGUAGGGCAGUCGAGUCUCGCUAAGGCCUGCUUGGGAGGGCCGGCGGCGACAGUCUUCGUUAGGCAUACACAAGGAUGACCAAAGAGGCGCAGCCAAAGCGGAAUGUGUACGUGGGGGGGCUGGAGGAGCAAGUGAAUGAGGAGAUCCUACACGCCGCCUUCGUACCGUUCGGGGAUAUCGUUGAGGUCAAUCUUCCAAAGGAUCACGUGGCAAAUACCCACCGAGGCUUCGGAUUCGUCGAGUUCGAGUUGGAGGAGGACGCAAAAGCGGCAAUAGACAACAUGGACGGGGCCGAGUUAUACGGAAAGGUACUGCGAGUGAAUGCCGCGAAGCCCAUGAAGCACAAGCUCGGGGCCCACACGGCAGUAUGGUCGGCUGACGACUGGUACAAGAAUACACUGGUGGAGGGGGAUGACACUGCGAAGCUGGCGGGGGACGAGCUAGAACCGGCAGACUCAUUAGAGCCUACCGUAUCAGAUUAGACACUCGACUAUAAUACCAUAAAACGAGGCAGAUGUAUGAGUCCCCACAAACGAAGCAUGUCCGUAGCCGGUGCGAAAUAGUUGUUUAGCGUCUGGUGUCGUCAUUGAAAUUGCGUUUAUGGUGAGCGAAGCAGGCUCGGUUCCCCAGGGCACGGGGCUCAAAGCCAACGCCCGGUAGUUCCCACCCGGAAUUUUUUUGCGUCCGGAAAGAAACCGGGUCGCGAAGCGACUGGAGCCCAGUGUGCUCGCUCACUUGUUUCAGCCUUGGACGUGUACUCCGAUUUGUGCACGAGCACGGUGACCCCGCUGGUACCUUCGAUUGCCGACGCCGCGGGCCAGAUUCGUUUCGCGAUUCAGGUAGUUUUAUGGGUUUGUGCAGUUUGUUCCUUCUGGAUGCAUUCCGAGAAAGGGGACCUGGUGUUGAGCCUGCGCCUGCCCCGGACGUUCGACCAAGAAGAUCGGAAGGUGUUGAGGGUUAAGGCCGAAUAUGGUACUCGAUAGGCAGCACCCAAAUCACAAUCAGCAUUACGCAGACCCCUGUUGUUUCAGAAUCUAGUGAUCGACUCUGUGGGCGUCUAUCGCCUUUGACCAGGAGAAAUGCUGUUUGUCCCAUUCGAUGGCAAGCAGAUUGCUGUUGUUUUCUCAAUGUUGUAGUGAAGGAGUUGUCUUGUGUUCAAAGACAAGCGUGGGGUCGUACCAGUCGAAUAGGGAGGUUGCCAACCUUUGGUUUCUAACCAAUGAAUGCUUCACUUGCAGAUGGAAGGAACGAGAGGUGAAAGCUUUGCUUGUUGGUAAGUGGAGAGGGCUCGAGUAGUGCUGUCUUCGUAGCAAACGGGCGGCACGAGGAAGGCAUUUCGGGUGAUGCCCCAACCAGCCCCAUUGGAGGCCUGGCUUGUUUGCCCAGGAAAUAUGACUCGCUUGAGAGAAGGCCUGUCAUCCGAUGUCAAACACGACGCCUCGCUUGCCGGUGCCCUCGAUAGAAACAGCUCAAUUUUGGGCGAAGGUCUCAAGUAGAAACCGCUCAAAUUUGAGCUAUGGUGCUGGGUUGGCAGAUGGGUUCUUCGUCAUUUCCCUCAGGUGCUGGCCUUUCGUCGGAAUGUGUUCUUUUCGCUGUGCAUUCUGCAGCCCCCCUGCGUGAUUGACGCAGGUUGACUGGGACGGUCGUACUUGUUGAUAUGUCCGUACUUGGGAGGAG